UUCAACAGGGAAUCCAAUAGCUUUGCUCUGUACAUUGAACAUGAUAAGAUCAAGGAAAGACUUGCAGACACACGUGAAAACAGUACUCCCUGUUUCUUUCAUCUUAAAACAUAUAUUCCGCCAUUGAUUCUUGAAAGAUUUGGAGGGGAAGAACCAGCUCUGAUAUCUUCAAUGCAUGGUAUAAUUAUGGAGGUAUCUUGAUAUCUUCUUUGAUUUCAGUGAGUGAAGAGGAAAAAAAGAAAUAAAAAAAAAAUAAAAAUAAUUAAAUAAUUGGAUGAAGGGUCAACCAUUUGUUGCAAAAGGAGCAAUUAUCAUAUCCCAUGAGCCCAAGUUGAGGAGGCAAUGACCUUAUCCAAUUUCCCAUGAACGAAACUGGAGGAAAAAAAAAAAAAUAGAAAUUUAAACAGAGUCAAAGAUAUGGGCAAGGAAGACACAUGGCCAAAAGGGGUUGGAGAUGGAAGGAAUUUCCACCUGGAGAGAAGAUGAAGAGUCCAUGUGUCGAGAGAGAAUUGAGUACAGGCACAUGGGCUGGUCCAGGGCAAUAGAAUCCAAAGAGAACGUCUUUUGGGGCUUAUAAAUUGCAGAGGCCGUUUGCUCUCUCUGCAUAUCUCCAAAUCAGCGAUCUUCACGUGCUCACUAUUUCUUCUUAAUUUUCUUGAUUUUUCUUUUCUUGUUUUUUAGCUCUGCAAAUCUUAUCCACCCAUUACUGCUUCUGCUACCUCUUGUUUGUUCCCUUUUGGUGUCUUUUCUAGGGAGGUCGUUAUAGUUGCUCAAAGAGAUACGUAUAUCUAUCGUAAAGCAGUACAGUUUUGUUAGUUGGUUGACAAAGAAUUUUUAUACAGAGUGCUAUCUAUUAUCUCAAUUAUUAGGUAUAUAUCAUGGAAAACAAGAGGCAGCAGAGUGGUGCUUCUUCUUUUGAUCAUCUUUUUGGUCCCAAAGACUCUUCUUCUUCUUCUUCUUCUUCUUCAUCAAGUGUUUUUGGGUCUAUUUUCUCUCCUCCAUCGACGGGGCUGGGGAGGGAUACUUCAGGAAUUAUUGGAAAUCAAGCUGGAAAUGGCAAAUAUGGGAAUCCAGAUAAUUCCACUCAAAGUAACAAGGGGAUAAGCAAAGAUUCAAGUUAUGUUUAUCAAAAUGAAACAGUGGAACCUUGUUAUUUCAGCUCAUCUAUCUACUAUGGUGGCCAAGAAAAUUAUUCUCCAAGAACCAAGAACUCUGAAUCUCACCAUACUCAGUUCAAGAAAGAUGAUAGAAAUGAUGAUCCUAAUGGCAAUAAUUCAAACAGUGCUUCAAGAGGGAAUUGGUGGCAGGGUUCACUCUACUACUAGCUCUAGCCCCACAAUAUGAAAACUCAGCAUCUAUAAGAUAAGGAAUGAUGGCUAUGAUACUACCUUCAUACUAUGGAAAUAAGAUGAUAAUAUAUCAAGAGCAUAUUAUAAGGGGAGUUGGGGAAUCAUGUGUUGGUGGUGUUGGGUUCUUUUUGUCCCAACUAGUCUUUUUAUACAUGAUCUGAUAUUUUGUUCUAGGAGUUUGAUGCCUUCUUGUACUUUUGCAUGGCUAACUUAAUCCUCCAUGUACUACAUGAUUUCUGAUUGUAUCUAUUUAUGGAUUCUCUCUC